AUGCUCUACAGUGUCGCUCGGGAUGGCUUCACUUGCCGAAAGCUUGGAACAGGUUCGCAUGGUGACGAAUGCCUUCAGUGUGUUCGUGGUUUGAAAGCGAACUACAGCAUCAUUCUCACGAUGGUGCAUCAUUUCAAGCAGGGCAAGGUUCUCAUAGUACGAAAGCUUUUCCACGAUGUCGGCUAUGUGCCAGACCCGGAUUGGGAAGUACGACAAAUUUUCCGAGAAAUGGCUCGCCUGAAGGGCCAUCCCUUUCCAGAGGAGGACGAACUCGACGCUGAUGAUGAGGAUGAGUGUGAUGAAGAACAGGAGGAGGAAGAUGCAGAGGAAGAUGCCGAAGAAGAGGACGAGGAACAGGAGGAGGAUAUUGACGGGGAGGAAUAUGGGCAUGAAGGGGAGAACAAGGGUGACGAGGAGAUGGAUGAUGAUGAUGAAGUCGAGGUGCUUUCGGCGCAUCCCGGCUCUUCGGGCCCCACUCCAGCUGAGCUGCACGAUGCAAUCCGCAGCAGUCCCACAGCGGCAUCUUCAGGGUUGGAUGACAAACGGCGGGAACUCUAUGAGAAGAUGUAUAUGAUCAAAGAAUUGGAGAACGAAUUGGGAGCUACACCGAUCCCGAUAGAGGACAGCCCGCCCCAGAAGCCACGUCGCUCCAGCACCUUCAAGCAUCCCGACCAUCAGGACGCAGAGCUCUUGAUCGACACCCAAACGUAUGAUGCCGCUGAGAUUCUGUGCGGGCUGCCGUCUUCCAAAUCCAAGGGCAUCCUGGAGACUCCUCCGGCCGGGAAGAAUGCUUCUGAGAUCGAUGAUACCCCUCCACCCAAAGCAAAGAAUGUGCCAGAGAUCACCCCGCCCAAGGUGGACCCAUCGGCAGUGACGCCGGACAUGCAGGCGAAGCUCAGGGACUCCCUGAAAGGCCGCAAGAAGAAGUUGCGUCUUGAGAAUGAUGAGCCGGCAGCGAAUGAUGAGCCGGCACAUGCUGAGCCGGCGGGGAAGAAAACGAAAAAGAAGAAGGCGAAUGAUGAGUCGGCAAAAGCUGCUGCGGCAGCCGACGGUCCAGAUGAGGCUCCUAUGCCGGUGAAGCGUGGCAGGGCCACGUCCAACCUGACGGUUAAUGAUGAUGUCGCUACCAGUGUCAAGAAAGCCAAAGGUUCGAAGAACCCACGUGCUGAGACGACAAAUGCCGAGGAAAGCGGCCACAAGCGCACGCCUCGAACAUGUGUUCCCACCCGCCCCCCCUCUCCUCCUGCCCACGGAGGCUGUAGCAAGUGUCGCCAUAGGCGCAACGGUUGCAGAAAGUGUAACCCUGCUCACUUUGCGGACCGGGCGCGAAUUCGCGCUGCGAAGGCCUAUUGCACGGACGUCAAGGAGUAUUGGGUGGACACGAAGACAACGGGUGAGAUCACGAGAACUAUGUCAGAGACCACCAUCAGGCGCUUCGAAGUCAGGGACGUUGAAAUGCCGUUGCCGGCGCCGCUGGUAGGCAAGAGCCCACAGCCGUUUCUGCCAGACGACGAGGAAGCGUACUACGAGGAUCAGGAGGAAGGCAGCGAGGAAGAGGAGGGCAAGGAGGAGGGAACCGACAGUAAAUCCAAGCAGAGCAAAGCUUUGCGGAAACGAAAGGAGAAGGAUGCUAGGAAUGCUGCGACCGAAGCUGAGGAGGACGAGCUAGUGGACAUGUCCACUGUGGCCAACACCCUCAAGGAGAUCCUUAAAAACCAGAACCGGGCGAUGGUCUUGGUCGACCAGGUGAAGGAUACCGUGCAGAAGGACAAUGGCGAGACGACCAAGCUCGAGCAGCACGCAAACAAACUUAUGACACUUCACGAUGAAAUCGCUGAUAUAAAGGCGAACUUUACGGUCAAGAAGGAUCAGGAGCUACCAGGCAGCACCAAGCAAAUGCAAGCAAAGUUUUUUGAUUGUGCUUUAAAUCUCAUAUCCUAG